UCGGGGCUUUGCUGAUCUGGCUAAACGUGUGGUGAUGCAGGAAAGACUGAAGAAAGCUGAGCUGGAGGAGGCUGAAGCGGGUGAGGAAGAUGAGGAUCCUGAGGAGGACUUGUCGUUUGAGGAGAUGGAGGAGAAGGCCAUGUGUCGAGAUGCCAGAGCACAGACCAGUCUGGGCAGAUACUACCUGGGGUUGGCUGAGGAGAAGGAGGCGGAGCUUAAUAACCGCCUGGCAGUUGAUUGGCUGGUGCAGGCCGCUAAGCAGGGACGGAAGAGUGCAGCCCGUCUUCUACAGCGCUGCUGGAUCCAGAGGAAAGGUAUCGGUGAGGAUAAUGAGGAGGAGGUGCGUCGUCUGUCGACAGAGAGCAGGUUUGAGCAGACGGUUCGGAAGGCGGCCAUGAUGAUGUUCAGGAAGCUGAACCCCGACAGGAAGGAGAAGAUGGCGGUGUCUGAGAUGAUGGAGAACGUUGGACAGGUCAACGCUGUGCACGGUGGCGCCACCAUGGACCAAACCCAGAAAGUCCUGGAGAACAUGGUCACUGGAGAGACUGGUCAGUUUGUUGACCUGGAUGACUUUGUAGAGAUCACUAAGAGGUAUACCCAGGGCAUGGCCCCCAGCACCGGCUUGACACAGAGCCAGGGCCCUGCACAAACCUCUGGAGAGAAGCAGAGUGGCCUGGUCCCCAAGAAGCCUCAGAAGGGAGUGUGGGGGAUGGGUCGAAGUGACAUGUUGAUGGACACCAGACGACACUUCCUGGUGUUGCAGUACCCUAUCACUGCGGUCAUCGAGGUGAAGGAUCAGCUCAUUGAUUGGGCGUCUCGCGCCGGCGUCCAAUGGCUGAGCACGGUGAUCCCCACGCACCACGUCAACGCGUUCAUCUUCUUCUUCAUCAUCAGUAAUCUGACUGUUGACCUGUUUGCCUUCUUCAUCCCACUCCUCGUAUUCUACCUCUCCUUCAUCUCCAUGGUGAUCUGCACGCUACGCAUCUUCCAGAACAGCAAGGCGUGGGAGAACUUCAGUGCCCUAACAACCCUGCUGACCAGGUUUGAGCCUGGCCUGGACGUGGAGCAAGCAGAGUCUAACUUCGGCUGGAACAAUCUAGAACCCUACCUCUACUUCCUGAUAUCGGUGUUGUUCAUCGUCUUCUCCUUCCCCGUCGCUGAUAAAGGAUGGAUCCCCUGCUCGGAGCUGUCCACGGUAGCCAUCUUGUUCACGGUGGUCAGCUACAAGAGCCUGAGUCCCUCGGGCGCCACCUACGCCAAACGGGCGCUUAUCACUGAGGUGGCAACGUCUUUGUGUUCCCUGACCAGUCUCCUGCCCCAGAGUGCUGUUCUGCUGAGGAUGCUGAGCCACACCUUCACUACCCUGCCACUAGGGGACUCAGUGGUGAUGAAGAUCAGUCUGCCCUGCCUGCUCGACCUCUACCUCUACUUCCUGUUCUUCAGUAUGGCUAGGCAGCGUGGUUUCCGUGGGACCUACUGUUUCCUGGUCCCCUACUUGGUCUGCUUCCUGUGGUGUGAGUUCUCUGUGGUGCUGCUCCAAAACUCUUCCCCCGUGGGGCUCAUCCGGACCUGCGUUGGCUACUUCCUGUUCCUGUUUGCCUUGCCCGUGCUGGCCGUGGGGCUGGCCGCCAUGGUCCUCAUCCAGCUGGUCAAAUGGUUCCUGGAGCUGGAGCUCACCAAGAUGAUUGUGACGCUGGCCGUGUGUGCGGUGCCGGUGACACUGAGGCUGUGGACGCGCUUCAGCCUGUCUCUCAUGGACGUGUUCCACUCCAUGUCGCAACGCGGCGCCGUCAAGCUCAUCCUGUGCUGCGUCACCAUGGUGAUGCUGUUCUUCUGGAUGUACGUGUACCACUCUGAGGGACUGCAGGGGUAUAACUCUACGUUGACCUGGAGACAGUACGGGCAGCUGUGUGGUCCUCCUGCCUGGAAGGUGAAAGGUGUGGCUCAGACACAGAUCUUCUGUACACACCUGGAUGGACACCAGGUGACGUGGACCGGGAGGUUCAGGCAGGUGCGUGUAGCGGAAACUGAAAACGGAGCCCAGUCCGUCAUCAACCUGCUGCCGGUGUUCAUGGGAGAUUGGUUACGCUGUCUUUACGGAGAGACCUAUCCUAAAUGUGACCCGCUGCGGAACAACUCCACCAACACCUCCACAUCCUCAACGGCAGACUCCAACACCCCCGACGCCACGGCAACCGUCGCUAAUGCUAACCUCACCGCCGCCGACUACGCCAACGCCACAGUGAGUGGCGUUGCCGCGCCGACGGCCGUCCUCCUCCGGCAGCAGGAAGAGGAGGAGCUGUGUGUGAUUAAGGCUUUGGCCAAACACACGUGUCACGUGAAGCGAUACGACAGCUAUGUGUUGGAGGUGGGCGUGGGGAUGCCCGAGGAAGACGGGAUUCCAGAGGACCGGGCCAGAGACAUCAAACUGGUGGCCAGUCAUGAGUUCAGACAGGUGUUGCUGCGCCUGCAGCCCGGCAGCCUGGUGGAGUUCAGCACUACGUUGGAGGGUCGUCUGGGGGGCCAGGUCCCGUCCUUCGAGCUGAAGGCCAUCUACUGUCUGGACUGUGACUCCUCCCUUCUGACCGCUGCCGGGCAGGUGAAGAUGGAGAGAGACUGGAGACGGACCACCCUCAACUCCGUCAAGUUCGCGUUCGACUUCUUCUUCUCUCCCUUCCUCUCCGCACGUACCGACGUGUGACAGGACGAGAAAGGAGAGAGAUGUUGUGACAGGAAGAGGAAGGAGAGAGAUGUAGUGACAGGAAGAGAAAGGAGAGAGAUGUAGUGACAGGAAGAGAAAGGAGAGAGAUGUAGUGACAGGAAGAGAAA